AUGUCACCACACGCCGUCCGAGAAUUGUCGAUUCGCGAUUUCCCACCAACCCCCCCAGUGGACACGCUCGCAAGCAAUGCCAGCGCCGAAGACAUUGUGGCCGCACUGGCCCGAGCUGGCGGAUGUGUGGUCAAGAAUUUCGUGGCCGUCGACACGAUCGAGAAGCUCAAGAGAGACUUCUAUCCUCUCCUUGAUGCAGAGACAGACGGCUGGAGUGGCUCCUUCUUCUCCAACGCAUCCAGACGGGUCACCGGAUGUUGCAGCAAGUCCCUAUCGUUCGCUGAGGAGAUAGUAGGCCAUCCUCUCUGGAACGAGGUGUGCAAUAUACUACUAUCGUCCACCCACACGUCCUAUACUCAGUAUGAGCAAGUCACUUUCACCAGCGGGCCACAGAUCUGCAAUACGACCGUCUACUCGAUCCUGCCGGGGUCGGAGGAACAGGCGCUGCAUCGCGACGACCGCAUUCACCACGCCCAUCUGCCCGCCGCCCAUCAACACACUGUGGGACGAGACUUCGGCGUCGGCCUGUUUGUCGCAGGCACCAAAUGCACGCAAGAGAACGGCGCGACCAGGUUCAUCCCCGGCAGUCAUCUGUGGGAUUACUCGGCGCCACCGCCCAAGGACCAUGUUCCUGCCUAUGCGGUCAUGGAGCCCGGCGACGCGUUUCUCAUGUUAUCCGGCUGCUACCAUGGCGCUUCGGCCAACGUCACCACGCGCGACCAGCCCGACAACGAAAGGUUACUCUUUGGCACCUUCUUCACCAAAGCAACCUUGCGCCAGGAGGAAAACCAGUACCUGGCCAGUGAUCUGUCCGUCAUCAAGAACUACCCUGAUCACAUCCUCCGGUUGAUGGGGUUUGAUAUCAGCAAGCCCUUCUUGGGCUGGGUCGACAUGGCAAGUCCGAUGGCUGCGAUCCGCAAAGAAACAAAGUUGCAAAAGAGUAGCGGGGAGUCACACUUGUUGUAG